AUUAUCUUCUCCCUCUUCCUCUUUCAGGCCCUGCAGUCUCUCUGAGGCCUGGCCCAGAGCCCAGCCCAGCCAGCAGGUCAGGCAGCAGCACCCUCAGUGUCCCUGAUCUCCAGAAACCUCCCUUAUCUCCCCGGGCACGACGUAUGCCAACAUCUCCACGUACACUCCAUUCUGGAACUGUGUUGCCAAGCAACGGGGAGCCCAGGAGCCCACACAUACUUUCUAGCGGGGCUUCUUCCCCUCUUUGGAUGAGGAGCGGAGGAGAAGGAGGGAGGAGGAGCGCAGAUGCUUCUCCAGCUAGCGGUCAGUGUGGAGGGGGCUCCACUUCCUCCUCCUCUGUUUCUAGCGCUCUGUUGUAUCGGACACAUGGCAUGCACGCACACACUGAAGACAUGGAGAGCCUCUCAGAACGCACCGCCGCCUGCUCUGUACGGGAGCCCGGAGGGGACACACAGUCACCGCAACCAGCGGAAGAGGGGGUCGACGUAGAGGGGGUCAAACUCAGGUUGGUGAGCAAUGGGGAAAGAAAGGGCUCAACACCAUUGAAAAUAGAAUCCAUCUGCUACAGUCUCAACAUUGUCAAGAACAUUGCCUUCCUGUACCAGGAGUACCGGGACACAUCCAAGCAGCAGGAGAUCGAGCAGCGACGGCAGCAGGAAGGGUUGACCUAUGGGGUCAGCGUGGGGUUAGGGGUGACGUCCCCACCAGCCCUGCAGCUGCAGUUGAGGAACAACUCCCGCUCUCUGAGUCUGUGGCAGAACCUGGAGGUUGUGCAGCAGAGCGGCCUGCUCACCCAGCUACUGCAGAGAGAGAUCAUCAUACAAGAGGCCAUGUUUGAGCUGGUAACCUCAGAGGCGUCCUACUACAAGAGUCUGGAGGUGCUGGAGACUCACUUCCUGAAAAACCCUGUGCUGGUCAACACACUCAGCCAAUCAGACAUGCACUUCCUGUUCUCCAACAUUGAGGAGGUGAUGAAGGCCAGUGAGAGGUUCCUGAUGGACCUGGAGAACCGCAUCGAACAGUCCCUCCAGAUCUCAGAGGUGUGUGACAUCGUCCACGACCACGCCGUCAAGCACUUCCACGUCUUUAUCACCUACGUCAUCAACCAGGUGUAUCAGGAGAAGAACUACCGACGCAUUCUACAGGGAAAUCAGUUAUUCCGCGAGGCCAUGGCUCAGCUGGAGAACCAUCCGUGUGUCCGAGGCCUGUCCUUCACAUCCUUCCUCAUCCUCCCCUUCCAGAGGAUCACACGACUCAAAAUGCUGGUCCAGAACAUUCUGAAGAAGGCAGAGGAGAAUUCAGAGAUUGAGGCUAAUGCCAUCAGGGCUCACCAGCAGCUGGAGCAGAUUGUGAAGGAGUGCAACGAGGGUGUGAGGAAGAUGAGUCGUACAGAGGAACUCAUCAGCAUUGAGAAAACACUGGAGUUCAAGUCUAAGUCGGUGCCGGUGAUCUCUCACUCCCGCUGGCUGCUGAAGAAGGGUGAGGUGCAGCAGAUGGCUGGGCCCAAGAGCACUAGGACCAUGCGGAGCAAGAAGCUCCACCACCCUGUCUACCUGUUCCUCUUCAACAACCUGCUGCUCAUCACCAAGCGCAGCUCCAGUGGUGAGAAGUACCAGGUGCUGGACUCGAGCACGCGGGCCAUGCUGAGAACUGAGGACCUGGAAGACCAGGGUCAGAUGCUGGCCAAUGUGUUCAACCUGAAACUCCUGGAGAACCAGGAGGAGAGGCCUGUCAACUACAUGCUCAAGACCUCCAGCAUGAGUGAUAAGCUGCGGUGGAUAUGUGCUCUCACGCCAAAUCGCCGCACGCGAUUCAUGUCCACCAGUGCCCAUCAACCAGCUUCUCCCCAGGUCCAGUGUAUUCAGUCGUACUCGUCUCAGGAGCCAGAUGAGCUGUCCAUUGAGAUGGCUGACUUGCUGAACAUCCUGGAGAGGACAGACGAUGGCUGGAUGAUGGGUGAGAGGCUCCAUGAUGGAGAGAGGGGCUGGUUCCCCUGUCGGGUGGUAGAGGAGAUCCAGAACCAGGAAGUGCGGGCCCAGAACCUCAGGGAGUGCCAGAGGAUCCACCUGGCCCAUGGAGGGGGGGCUUCCUCGGGGGCCAGACUGGGCUCCAGGGGGGCCAGACGCACCCCCAAAACACCCAAAGUCUCCAACUCCUUCGGUACCUGGACUGACCAGUCAGAGGAGAAGCAGGGAAGCACAUAAUAUUCCACUCUGAAAGUGAUUGGUUGGAACCCCCUGGCAGUAAUCUUUACUGGACCACAUGGAUCAAAUGAGAGAUCAUGUGAUUUCAGCAUGGGAUUGCAUUGGAGGAAAGUGAUGCAAUGACAUUAUUUCCUGUUAACUGUUUCCCCUUGGUUUUGCUGUACCAGGGUUUAGGGUCCCAGGCUGCAGGUUUUAGGGUCCCAGGCUCCCUUGAUGGGUCCUACGAUCAGAGCACUUCUUCCAUAACUCCAAAACACUAUGUCUUCCACUACUUCCAGUGGAAUGAUUCAGCACUAACAGUCUAACUGAAACAAGGCUCUGGUGGAACAGGAGCUAUGCAUGUGAUGGGAGAAGAUAACCACAGAAACAGUUCUCAAGGUGAUGUGAAUGCAUCGUAACCUUGCCUCAGCUGCAUGGGUGUGAUUUUGUUCUUUCAUUUUUUUUAAGCACCUUUGCUUGAGAGUUAAAUCCCCCAGAACAAUGGCUUGGCGAUCCACCAUUUUGUAAAGAGCAACUCCUCUAUUGAAACCAUUCAAGAAGCAAAUUUUAAAAACAGGCGAGCAGCAUUGAAUGUAAAUUAUCCAUGAAUGAUUCUGUAUAGUAAAUAGAAUUAUCACAUGACUGGGUGCUCAGUAUUGGGCUGGAGGUGAAGACUAGCACUACAGAAUCACAGGCCUUGCUUACACAGUGGACGUGUUCUGGGGGUCCCUCGCCAAUACUGAUAUGCCACUUACACAUCACACACACAAACACUUGGGGGAAAUCCAGCACAACCUGUCUAACACCAAAAACCCUCCACAGACACGUGGUCCUGAAGCAUCUGCACAGAAUGUGCCAGCACACUGACAGAACUGCAAUGGCAUGCGAGUGACAACGUGUGUGUGUGUGUGUGUGUGUGUGUGUGUGUGUGAGUACAGUGUGUGUAUGAGUACAGUGUGUGUAUAUUGUAAGCCUUGAAUGUUCAAUAUGUGAUGAAAUAAUUACUCAAUAAUUGUGUCAUUUCAUUAUGUAAGAAGUAAUUUAUUGUUAAUAAAAACUAAAUGUGAAAUUGAAA